UGAGGACAGGACGCCCCAGAACCGGGAGCCUCCCUUCAGGAGAUAGGACCCUGGGCCCAAAGCAACUGCCUCUUUGCUGCAGAGAUUUGGCACGCCAGGUGACUGCGGGCGGGUGUGGGGGCACACCAGAUCUGAGCGUUCCUCCCGGUGUCGACAGAAAAGGUCCACGUUAGAGCCCGACGCAGGUGACAACCUUGCAGGGACCACAGGCUGGCACGAUGCGUGUGGUCGUGAUCGGAGCGGGUGUCAUCGGGCUGUCCACCGCCCUCUGCAUCCAUGAGCGCUAUCGCUCGGUCCUACAGUCGCUGGAAGUGAUGGUCUAUGCAGACCGCUUCACUCCACUCACCACCACCGACGUGGCUGCCGGCCUCUGGCAGCCCUACCUCUCGGAGCCCAGCAACCCACAGGAGGCGAACUGGAACCAGCAGACCUUCAACUAUCUCCUGAGCCUCAUCGGUUCUCCCAACGCUGCAAACAUGGGUCUGGCCCCGGUCUCAGGCUACAACCUCUUCCGUGAAGCCGUUCCGGACCCUUACUGGAAGGAUAUAGUUCUGGGAUUUAGGAAGCUGACUCUCAGAGAGCUGGACAUGUUUCCUGAUUACAGCUAUGGCUGGUUCAACACAAGCCUGAUUCUGGAGGGGAGGAAAUAUCUGCAGUGGCUGACUGAAAGGUUAACUGAGAGGGGAGUGAAAUUCUUCCUGCGGAAGGUGGAGUCUUUUGAGGAGGUGGCAAGAGAAGGCGCCGAUGUGAUUAUCAACUGCACUGGGGUGUGGGCUGGGGCGCUGCAACCCGAUCCCCUGCUACAGCCAGGCCGAGGGCAGAUCAUUAAGGUGGAUGCGCCAUGGUUGAAACACUUCAUUAUCACCCAUGACCCUGAGAGAGGCAUCUACAAGUCUCCAUACAUCAUCCCAGGGCUCCAGGCAACAACUCUUGGCGGCAUCUUCCAGCUGGGGAACUGGAGUGAAACAAACAAUAUCCCAGACCACAACACCAUUUGGGAAGGCUGCUGCGGACUGGAGCCCACACUGAAGGAUGCAAAAAUUAUCGGUGAAUGGUCUGGCUUCCGGCCAGUACGCCCCCAGGUUCGACUAGAAAGAGAACAGCUUCGCUUUGGAUCUUCAAACACAGAGGUCAUCCACAACUAUGGCCAUGGAGGCUUCGGGCUCACCAUCCACUGGGGCUGUGCCCAAGAGGUGGCCAAGCUCUUUGGGAAAAUUCUGGAAGAAAGGAAUUUGCUCAGGAUACCACCAUCCCACCUCUGAAGAAGCUAGUGACCACCACCUCCCCUCAAUAACUCCCUGCUCCUCUCAGUCACUAAAAACUGUGCUCCAUCACUUGCCCCACCCCACCCCACCCCUGACUUCUUUCUGCAAGAACCACAAGGUGAGAGGGACCAUUCCAAGCAGUGAGUAUGGCUCUUCCGACGGCCGAGGUAUCUCCCUUGAGUCCACUUAUAUGGUGUCAUUGCUUCUUUUUUCCUCCUAAGGUGGGGAGCAGAAUCUAUUAGCAUACGAGGGUCCCUGUCUGGAGCAGGACAGCAGACAUGAAGAAGUACAGCCAGACUGUUAUCCAAUCAAUUCUCAGAGGAAGGAAAGCUCAGAAAAUCCAAGUGGUGAGACAGCUCUGAGUGAGGAGGGUGUGAGGAAGUUCAGUGUGAGGGAGGGUGUGAGGAAGCUCUGAGGGUCGGAGGGUAGAAGGGCUGAGUGUGGAAGGCGUGAGGAAUCUUUGAGUAUGGCAGGGUGUGAGGCAUCUGAGGGAGGGAGCUCGAAGUUAGGGAGUCGAAGCUCUAAGGAGGAGGCUCUGAGUGAGGAAAGUUGUGGAAGCUGCUAGUGAGGGAGCGGGUGUGGAAAGCCUGAGUGUGGGGAGUCCUGAGUAAGGCUUAAUGUGAUGCAGCUCUGAGCGAGUGAGGAUGUUGCAAGGUUGAUGCAGUAAGGCCACAGAAAGCACUUGAGGGAGGGCUGUAACAGAUUUCACGGCAGGAAGUCACACAGCCUCUGUGGUGUGAGGAGGCAGAAGAGAUGAGACAUUGAACAACAACAUGUAAUGCCUGCUCCACACCCAUGCUAGAACCAUGCUAUCUUGAUUACUUGUAGCUUUGUCGGAAGUUUUAAAAUCCCAGCCGGAAUUUUGAUAGGGAUUUUGUUAAAUGUAUGACGCCAAUUUUAGGAGUUCUGAUACAGACACCUUAAUAGUUUUAAGUCUUCAGAUUCAUGUUCAUGGAAUGUCUCUAUUUUUUUAGAUCUUUGAGUUCUUUCAGGAUUGUUUUAUAGUCUGUAAAUGUCUUGGACUCGUUAAAUUUAUUCUGUUUUAUCCUUUUUGAUGCUAUUGCGAGUAGAAUUGUUUAAUUCAGGAAGUGCUCUGUUUUCUGGCAUGUGGGGGUAGGGAUAUUUGAAGUGGUUCAUCAUCAGAUAUUCCUGAUUAAUGGAGAAUGAUUAUAUGUGAUGUAUCUAGAUGUUCAAAUGUCAAGAAAUCAGAAUACAGUAAAGUACCAACAGUGACUAAG